GCCAGAGCCACCCACCUUAUCGUCAUCCUCGCUCGCUCCUCAUCGCCAGCGCCUCCUCCUCCUCCUCCUUCUUCCCCACCGCUGCCGACAUGGCUGCGCAAGAAGAGAAGACCGCUGUUGUUGUUGCUGCUGCUGCCGAUGUCGCGACAGAGGAGCCUACGCCGGCGGCGGAGCAGCAACCUCAGCCGGCUGGGGCGGCGCGCAGGGCAGGACCAUCGGCGCCCGGCGGGGCUCCGCCCAACCCCUUCGACUUCUCCACCAUGAUGAACCUUCUCAAUGACCCUAGCAUCAAGGAGAUGGCAGAGCAGAUCGCCAAGGACCCGGCGUUCACGGAGAUGGCGGAGCAGCUGCAGAAGACGGUGGUGUCCCCGCGGCAGCAACAGCAGCAGCAGGCGCGGCAGCAGCAGCAGCAGCUGGACCCGCAGAAGUACGUGGCGACGAUGCAGCAGCUGAUGCAGAACCCGCAGUUCGUGGCCAUGGCGGAGCGGCUAGGCAGCGCGCUGAUGCAGGACCCUGCCAUGUCCGCCAUGCUGGGGGGCCUCACCAACCCGGCGCACAAGGAGCAGCUGGAGGCCCGCGUCGCGCGCAUGAAGGAGGACCCCACGCUCAAGCCCAUCCUCGACGAGAUCGAGUCCGGCGGCCCCGCCGCCAUGAUGAAGUACUGGAACGACCCUGAGGCUCUGCAGAAGUUCGGCCGCGCGAUGGGCGUCGGCGUCGGCCCGUCCGGCGAGGCCGGCGGCGCAGAGCACGCCGAGGCGGAGGACGACGCCGGGGAGGAAGGCGAGUACGAGGACGAGUCCAUCGUCCACCACACCGCCAGCGUUGGCGACGUCGAGGGCCUCAAGAAAGCGCUGGAGGACGGCGCGGACAAGGACGAGGAGGACUCGGAAGGGCGGCGUGGCCUCCACUUCGCGUGCGGCUACGGCGAGCUCCAGUGCGCGCAGGCGCUCCUGGAGGCCGGCGCCGCGGUGGACGCCGUCGACAAGAACAAGAACACCGCGCUGCACUACGCCGCCGGAUACGGCCGCAAGGACUGCGUCGCGCUCCUGCUCGAGAGCGGCGCCGCCGUGACGCUGCAGAACCUGGACGGGAAGACGCCCAUCGACGUGGCCAAGCUCAACAACCAGGAUGACGUCCUCAAGCUGCUGGAGAAGCACGCCUUCGUAUAGACGUCCCACGCCGCCGGCCGGCCCGUCUUGCUCGUCUGCUCUUGUCGCCGCUGCGGCCACGUCGCUUGCCUCUGCUACUGCUGCUGCCGUCGCCGCCAUUAAUGCUUUGUUGAUUUCUCUCCUGGUCGAGACAACGCAGGUUCCUUCAUCACUUCACUGUUGAGUAUUUGCAUUGGGUGUGUAUGUAUCGGAUUUUGCUUUGCGUGAUCACGGUACCAUAUUUAUUUAUCGGACUCCUCGUUCAUCAGGUGGAGGUUUUCGUAAUGAAUAAGGAUGAAAUUUCCAUUUCA